GGCCACGUGAGCGGGGGCGUGGCGUCGUCUGUGGCUGGGAAAGUAGGCGGAGGCGGGCGCGGCUGCCCCGAGGCUUGGGCCCCUUCCCCGGCUCCCGCGGCCGCCUCCGCUCACGCAGCUCCUUCUCCUCCUGGGACAGGUCCAGGAAUUGCUCUGUGAUCACCACUUGGAUGAAUAUGAACAUUUCUUAGGAGACCUGCAUUUUAAAUCUUUAUAAAUGAAUAAACAUAUUCAAUAUAAUUUGGAGUGAUGCUCAAAUUCCAAGAAGCUGCCAAGUGUGUGAGUGUAUCAACAACAGUUUCCACUUACUCAAAGACUUUGAUUGCAAGGAGAUACGUACUUCAACAGAAACUUGGAAGUGGAAGCUUUGGAACAGUUUAUCUGGUUUCAGAUAAGAAAGCAAAACAAGGAGAAGAAUUAAAGGUUUUGAAGGAAAUAUCUGUUGGAGACCUGAAGCCAAAUGAAACAGUUCAGGCAAACUUGGAAGCGCAGCUCCUCUCCAAACUUGACCACCCAGCCAUCGUCAAGUUUCAUGCCAGCUUUGUGGAACGAGAUAAUUUCUGCAUCAUCACUGAGUACUGUGAGGGUCGAGAUCUGGACUGUAAAAUUCAAGAGUACAAAGAAGCUGGAAACACUUUUCCUGAAAACCAGAUAAUGGAAUGGUUUAUCCAGCUGUUACUGGGAGUUGACUACAUGCACGAAAGGAGAAUACUUCACAGGGACCUAAAAGCAAAGAACAUUUUUUUGAAAAAUAACCUACUUAAAAUUGGGGAUUUUGGAGUCUCCCGGCUCUUAAUGGGAUCAUGCGACCUGGCGACGACUUUCACUGGGACGCCUUACUACAUGAGCCCUGAGGCGCUGAAGCAUCAAGGUUAUGACACCAAGUCUGACAUUUGGUCACUGGCAUGCAUUCUGUAUGAGCUGUGCUGCAUGAAUCAUGCAUUCACCGGUCACAAUUUCUUGUCCAUUGUUUUAAAAAUCGUUGAAGGUGACACACCUUCUCUUCCUGCUAGAUACCCAGAGGAGCUGAAUGCCAUCAUGCAAAGCAUGUUGAACAAGAGUCCUUCAUUGAGACCGUCAGCGACAGAAAUUUUAAAAAUCCCUUACAUUGAUGAACAACUGCAGUGCAUGAUGUGUAAAUAUUCUAGCAUGACUCUGGAAGACAAGAACUUGAACUGCCAGACAGAAUCGGCUCAUCUCAUUAAUGCCAUGCAGAGAAAGAUCCAUCUACAAACCCUGCGGGAGCUGUCUGAAGUACAGAAAAUGACACCGCGAGAGAGGAUGAGACUGAGGAAGCUCCAUGCAGCUGAUGAGAAAGAAAAGAAGCUUAAAAAGUUAGCUGAAGAAAAAUACGAGGAUAAUGCCAAGCGAAUGCAAGCAUUGCGAUCCCGGCACUUCCAGCAGUUGGGUGUAGACGCGCUGCAUGAAUCUGAUGAACAGGCUUCAGGACAUUUGAUUGAAUCUGAGCCAAGUGAAGAGGAGACACCGGCAGAGCUGCCCCUGACUCAUUCUCAGCCAGUCACCUCCCAGGGCUCUGCGGGACAGGAGCCAAGUCAGGGGGCAGCUUCAGACAGACUGUCUACGCAUGAACUAGAGGAUCAUGAGAUCCCAGAAGAUCCCCUGGAAGCUGAAGAGUAUUAUGUGGGUGUCUUUGAUUCCUGUUCUGAAGCAAGUGAGGAGGAUCCGAUAGAAGAGGUGAUAGAAGAGGAGGAAGUGGAGAAGGAGGAGGAGAUGGUGGAGGAAGAGGAGGAAGAUGAGGUGGAAGAGGAGGAGGCGGAGGAGGAGGCGGAGGAGGAAGUAGCAGAGAGCACUUUCAGGACCAGUCAUCAGGACAGUGACAUUGAGGCACUGGUCAGGUGUUUGGAAAAUGUCCUGGCAUGCAGCUCCGUAGGUACCCGGAGUGUCACCAGAUCGGCUCUAGCCUUGUCCCAGGGACCAAGCUUUUUUAACUACACUGUGUCUGAAACCGAGAUGAAGCUCAUGAGAGAAACAGCCAUUCAGAAGCUGGGCUUGGAAGUGUUUGAGACUGUCUACGGCUACCUCAAGAAGGCCAGAAGACAGAAUGCCAGCGAGGAGGAGAUCAGGAAAUCUCUGGAGCAAGUGGUACCACGAGCCAGUGACUGUUUUGAGGUGGACCAGCUCAUCUAUUUUGAGGAGCAAUUGCUUAAACCAACAAGGGAAGAUUCUGGACUCUAGAACCAUCUUUAAGUGUUGGACAAAGUCAGGUACAGACCAAAUGGGAGACAAAUCCCAACGGUUAAACCUAACAAAUACACAAGAUGUAUCAUAUUGGGGGAAUGGAUCAAUAACUGGGAACGCCAUCUUUGUUUUCAUUUCUUUAUCCAAUGGGGUAAUUUCUCCUUGAGUUAGCCAAAUAUACUUUUGUCUAUUCUCUUAAUUUGGGUGGGUUACAUGUUAGUCAACGUAGCACAGUCAAGGUUGGAGUACCCCACAUGGCAAAUGGGCAUUUCCCAAAGCAGCCUAUAAAAAUGUAUUUUUUUAAACUCUUCAUAGUGGGGGAAGUGGCCAGCAUGAAAUAAUGAAAGAAUCUUGGAUUAGAAUUCAGGAUACCUGGGGUCUUGUGCUAUCUCUGCUAUUAACUGGUUCUAUGAUCUUGGGUUACUUAUCUCUCUUAGCCCCAGUUACUUGUAAAACAAAUAGUUUGAGCUAAACGAUCUCUACAUUCCCCCAAGUUAUAACAUUCUGUUCUUCUAGUUGUCAUUUCUAGUUGCAGUUCUAGAAACCACAUCUAGAAGAUAGGCCUCUUGGGAAUGGGCCAUGCCCAUUGGGCUGCUAGUGCCCUUAGAGCCUCAGCAGGAAUCACUGACUUUGCACUCCCAGCAUAGGGAAAUUGUCAGGGUUUAGAGGAACACUCUUUCCCUGCCUUUGUUUUCCCCAAAACUCAUUUCUUCUCCAUAUUUUCUUAAUUUUGUUGAAAAUGCCACCAUCCUUCAAUCCCUGAGGUGGGCAACCUCAGCAUCACCCUUGACUCCUCCUUUUCCUUCACCCCUUAUAUCCAAUCAGUUGCCAAGUUUGUCUCUUCUACCUCUGUGACAUCUCUCCAAUUGGUCUACUCUCCAUUUCCAUGGCCAUUGCCCUGGUUCCAGACUUGAUUGACUCUCACUUAGACUUUUGCAUUAACUCCUAUAUAAGACUUAGCUGCUUCCUGUCUCUCUCCUCUCCAAUCCAAUGUCAAAACAUCUGCCAAAUUCAUAUUUAUAAUUCACCCCCUUGCUCAGAUAUGUUUAGAGCUUCUCUAUCACCUUCUUGGAUGAAAUGAAGACUCCUUAGCCUGGCAUUUAAACUCCUCAUUAAAUGAGAUGUUGUACUAGAUGUACCAUAAGGUUCCUUUCAUGUCAGAAGCUAUGAUUAUAUAUGUUAGAGUUGACCAAGUUCAGAAAAACAAUUAGCAUCAAAUUAAACUAGAGCCUUUCCACUAAAGUUUUUCUGAAAUACAUUUAUAUUCCAUGAAGUGCUACUAUUUUCUAAGCUAGAUAUGUUAAACAAAUUUGUUUCUUUAGAGAUGAAUAUUUUUUCAAUUUUUUAAAAUCCCUUCAAAGAUUCCAAAGAUCUUUUUUCAUCGAAUCUGUAAAUUUAUGGCUUUAACUUAUCUUUCCAGACUUAUUUUAUAUAACUCCCCUUCAUGGGUUCUGCAUUUCAGCCAAACUGGUCAAUUAGGUGUUUCCUCAACUUAGCACACAAUCUCCCAUCUCCAAACUUUUGUCCAGACUCUUCCUUCCUUUGCCUGAAAUGUCCUCCUUCCUUUGCCUCUUAAAAUCCCUAGCUUCAUUCAUGGCUCAAUUUGAUAAAGACCUCACUAAUUCCCCACCCCAGAACCCCCCACUCCAGUUGUUAAUGUCCUCCACCUCCUGAAAUUGCUUUGUACUUGCUGUAUUUAUAUAUCUGGGAACACAUUGCGUUUCCCCAUCAGAAUAUAAACUCCUUGUGGGCAGGGAUUGUUUCCUUCUGUCUUUGUAAUCCCUAGUACCUGGUAAAGUGCUGUGCUCAUAGAAGGUUUUUAAUGUAUGUCUAUUGAAUUGUUGAAUUUAUAUACUAAUGAAAAGAAGUUACAGAUAUAACGGGGGAUCAGGAUUCAAAAUCCCAUCCCCCAUUUACUCUCAUGAAAUUGAACUUCAUACUUUGCUACCCAAAAAAUCCUUGAAUGUGCUGAGGGUCUUUUAUGUAUGGUAAGUAUAUUUCCUUGCAUUAUAAAUACAUGACGUACAUGUUGUC